AUGGUUGAAUUUUACAGUGAAGAAAUUGGGUUAGAGAAAACUGAUCCCAAGUUGUGGAGAUUACGUACUGAUAAAUUAGGUCGUGAAAGUUGGGAAUAUUUAACUCCUGAGGAUGCUGAUAAAGAUCCACAGAGUAGUUAUACUCAAUGGUUGUUACAAGUUCCUGAAUUUCCCACUCCUUCUCCUUUGAAGAAUUCUAGUAACAAGAAUGAGAACUAUACUGCUUACGAUGCUUGUCAUAAUGGUGCAUCGUUCUUUAAAUUGUUACAAGAUGAAAAUUCUGGUAUAUUUCCAUGUCAGUACAAGGGUCCAAUGUUUAUGACAAUUGGAUAUAUUGCUGUCAAUUAUAUUGCAGGUGUUAAAAUUCCAGAUCAUGAGCGCAUUGAAUUAAUUAGAUAUAUUGUCAAUACAGCUCACCCAGUAGAUGGUGGAUGGGGUUUACAUUCUGUUGAUAAAAGUACUGUUUUUGGUACUGUUUUGAAUUAUGUUAACCUUCGUUUAUUAGGUUUAUCAAAAGAUCAUCCUGUUUGUGUCAAAGCUAGAGAUACUCUGAUAAAAUUAGGUGGUGCCAUUGGUGCUCCUCAUUGGGGGAAGACCUGGCUAAGUACAUUAAAUUUAUACAAAUGGGAGGGUGUCAAUCCUGCUCCUCCAGAGACUUGGUUACUACCUUACUCUCUUUCAAUCCAUCCUGGUAGAUGGUGGGUUCAUACAAGAGGUGUUUAUUUACCAAUUAGUUAUUUGUCGUUAGUUCGUUAUUCAUGCGAAUUGACUCCAUUACUAGCAGAAUUGAGAGAAGAAAUAUAUACCAAACCUUUUGAUUCUAUCGAUUUUUCAAGACAUAGAAAUACUGUUUGUGGUGUAGACCUAUAUUAUCCACACUCUAAAGUAUUAGAUGUUGCUAACGACUGUAUCGUAUUCUAUGAAAAGUAUUUAAGACCACAAUGGGUCCACGAUAAAUCAAAAGAAACUGUCUAUGAUCUAAUUAAGAAAGAAAUUGAAAAUACAGAUUACUUAUGCAUUGCCCCAGUUAAUCAAGCAUUCUGCGCUUUGGUUACUUUGAUUGAAGAAGGUCGUGAUUCUCAAGCUUUUAAGAGAUUCGAAUUUAGAUUCAAAGAUGCUCUAUUCCAUGGGCCACAAGGUAUGACCGUAAUGGGUACAAAUGGUGUUCAAGUUUGGGAUUGUGCUUUUGCUAUUCAAUAUUUCUUUGUUGCUGGUUUAGCUGAAAAACCUGAAUUCUAUGAUACAAUCGUAAGAGCUUAUGAAUUUUUAUGUCGUUCUCAAUUUGACACUGAAUGUGUGCCAGGUAGUUUUAGAGACAAGAGAGUAGGUGCUUGGGGUUUUUCAACAAAGACUCAAGGUUACACAGUCUCAGAUUGUACUGCUGAAGCAAUUAAGGCUAUUAUUAUGGUAAGAAAUUCAGAUGUAUUUAGAGCAGUACAUGAUAAGAUUUCAGAUGAAAGAUUAAAUAAGGGUAUUGAUGUAUUAAUGAGUCUACAAAAUUUAGGAUCUUUCGAGUAUGGUUCUUUUGCAACUUAUGAAAAAAUUAAGGCUCCGCUGUUUAUGGAAGCAUUGAAUCCAGCUGAAGUAUUUGGUAAUAUUAUGGUAGAAUACCCUUAUGUCGAAUGUACUGAUUCUUCUGUAUUAGGUCUAACAUUUUUCCAUAAACAUAGUAGUUACCGUAAGGAAGAGAUUGCCAACAGAAUCAAAUUAGCCAUCGAUUACAUCAAAUCUUGUCAACAAGAAGAUGGUAGUUGGUACGGUUGUUGGGGUAUUUGUUUCACAUAUGCAGGUAUGUUUGCAAUGGAAGCGUUAUACACCGUUGGUGAAAACUAUUCUAAUUCCGAAACUGUUCGUAAAGGUUGUGACUUUUUAGUCAGUAAGCAAAUGGAAGAUGGCGGUUGGGGUGAGUCUAUGAAAUCAAGUGAGUUACAUUCUUAUGUGGAUAGCGAAAAAUCAUUGGUAGUACAAACCGCCUGGGUACUAGUUGCUUUAUUGCUUGCAGAAUACCCUGAUAAAGACGUUAUUGAUAGGGGAAUCCAAUUAUUGAAAGAUAGACAAUUACCAAGUGGUGAGUGGAAGUUUGAAAGUGUUGAAGGUGUAUUUAACCACUCUUGCGCUAUCGAGUACCCAAGUUAUAGAUUUUUGUUCCCUAUUAAAGCACUUGGUUUAUACACAAAAGCCUACAGCGAUAAUGGAAUUUGA